AUCCAUGUGCUGAGGAGGAAGAUAAAUGUUGUUCUUGUUCUCGUCGUCUCAUUGAGAGGACACGCUCUCUGGAAGAAUAGAACGCGCUUAUCAUCGUCAUCCACUCACUCGCGACUAUCGCGAACAAACUAGUACUACUUGUCCAUCAAACCAGCACGACCAUUUCCAGUCCAAACCACCUCCAAGAAGUGAAAGACCUCUCGUUGCUUGAUCCUUCAAAAUGGCAAAGUUUACUUCGCUAACUAUUCUUAUUUCUUGUUUUCUCAUCCUUGCCACGAUAGCAGGGUCGAGUUAUGCGGAGUCCACGCAACAAUCCCCCAGUGGUGGCGGUGCUGGCGAGAAUCGGGCCUCCAAAGUGAGGACAAAGUUGUCCGCGGCUGCGAGGAAGAAGAAAGUGGGAGGAGUUGUCAGAGCUAAAGUUGAACCAGUUGUGACCACUCUCGCCCCCACCACGACGGCGGAAGAUAACCCAAGCGAGUUAUCUGUCCCGACAACGGUGGGGUCAGCCGAGUCAAUUACUGUGGAAGGUGGUGAUCAUACUACAAACACACUUCCGGAAGUCACUACUACCACGAGGGCUCCAAAAGUUGUGAAGAAAGUGUCCAGAAAUAACAACUCCCCGACACAGCCAGGCUCCAUUCCGCAAGCAUGUGGCGAAUGUUUUCAAGAGGAUUGCAACAUUAUAAAGGACACGAAUUGUCCGAAUGGAUUGGUGUUGGAUCAGUGUUCUUGCUGCUUCGUUUGUGGUGCUUUGGAAGGAAAUCGUUGUUUCAAUGCGUCCCUAAACUUGCCGUAUAAUCCAGACGUCGGAAUCUGUGGGGGUCAUUUGGACUGCUUGCUUCGCAGUGAUCUGGAUCCAACGGAGCCUAGAGAAGCCUUAUGUGAGUGUCGGGAUAAGCGAAUUGUUUGCGGAAAUGACCACCAAACUUAUCUCAGUGAGUGCAAACUUCGAGAAGCGGCACAUACCAAGGUAGGGCUUUUGGUGGCCAGUUGGAGUCCGUGCGUCUCAGCCCCGGUAAUAACGACCCCUGUGGAAAAUGCUACGGUCACCAUUGGAGAAGAUGUUUCCCUCAGUUGUGAAGUGAGGUCUUAUCCAGCGUCAGUCCUUCACUGGGAAUUUGUGGCUGAAGGUUCUUCAUCCCCAAUUCCAUUAGUGCUUCCAGGAGACGAUUCCGGAAUUGUCAUCGUGGUCCGAGGUGGUCCAGAGCAAAUUAUGACGACGAGUUGGAUCCAAAUCAUCGCCGUCAACCCAAAACGGCAAGGAACUUAUUACUGUGUCGCAAAAAAUACGGAAGGCACGACCCAAACCUCUGCUCAAGUUCAAGUUUACAAAAGUGUCGAUGAUGACUAGACACGCUCACGAUCAAUCGCAGUGCAACGUGUCAAUCAUCAAUCACUAAAUAGCUCGUCAAACAUUUUAGCAUGAUACAUAUCCCUAAGACAUAUACUAAACCUGUAAUUUUUACAUGUAUCCAAACACUAGAAGAGCACGACCCAUGAGCGUGUUUUGUCUCUCUCUAUCUGAUUCCCGAAAUAAAAGAACCGUUCUAACCCACAGAAUAAAUAAUAUGAGUGAAAUUUAA